GGAACUAUUACCUUGUUCAUCCAUCCCGGGAAAACAUCGCCUGGCAACGAGGAGCAAAGGGAGCAAGUUUGGAGGGUGGCAGAGAGAGGGGGCACCAGUUGCUGCCGGCCAGACUCCAGCCCUCAGCGUGGUCCCUGUGAGGUGGUGACAGCGGCGGGGAGGGAGCACCAGUGCAGCAGCCACCUCCACGUGCCUCCAUCCCGGCUCCCACUGGAGAGACCGGGCAGCUCCAUCGGACCUGGCCAUCAGCCCCACAGGUGUGAGUGCAGCUGGGCAGGAGCAGAGCCAUGUCAUGGGGCAUGGGGCAACACUUGCCCCCCGGGCUCUCCAAGGCCACACUGCGGAAAUCAGCAUCAAUGUACACUGAAAUACAGCGGGAGCAACCAGACAGUGGGAAUAUCCUGACUCACCCAGACUACAUAGAUGGAAACCCAGACCUCAUCAAACCUAAAAAGCUCCUAAAUCCUAUAAAAGCCUCAAAGAGCCAUCAAGAGCUGCACAGAGAGCUGCUGAUGAACCACAAAAGAGGUUUGAGCAUGGAGAGUAAGCCAGAGCUGCAGCGGGUGCUCGAGCACCGACGGCGAAACCAGCUGAUCAGAAAGAAGAAGGAAGAGGAAGAGGCAAAGAAAUUGCAGUGUCCUUUUGAAAAAGAGCUAUUGAAGAGGCACCAGAGGCUGGACCAGUUGGAGAAAGAGCAGGAGAAGCAGGAAGACCAUGCACCAGAAUUCAUUAAAGUGAAAGAAAACCUGAGAAGAACAUCUACGGUGACUGGGGAUGAGAAAGCAGUGUAGCUUCUGACAAAACUCAACAGGGAUCCUGCCAAGGCGGGUGCUAACACACACACUCUGACAUCUCUGUACAUGGUGGACAUUCACAGCCGCAUCGCUGGGGCUACUUACGGCUAUUAACACUUGCUCCAGUAGAAGGCACAAAAAAGGUUUUCCCAGCCAGAAGGUAUCACUGUGGAAAAGGUGCAGUAUUCACUGAAGUACUCACACAAGGAGAUUCAGAGAGAAACAAUGUUGUUUCCCCCUCAGAUUGUGGGUGCAUGCUAAUAUGCAGCUAACUCUUGGUUAACCCUAGAGACUGUUUAAGCCAGGGAAGCCUGCGGAGGGAUGGUUUGGGGGAUCUCUGCUACUUCCUGGAGGCAGGAUCACCAGGCAUGAGGUGACAGGAGGGUGGCUGCAGGUUUGGAACCUCCUGGAAACCUGAUGUGAUAACUAAAAGGGACAAUCUGUGCAUUACUGAGAAUAGCCCCUGUGACCACAGUGGAUCACUGUCAAGCCUGGCUAAGGCUGUGUCCCAGCAGCACACCCAUACUAUUAGAAGAGUCAACCUCUGUGUGCCCACACCAAUGCAGCACAGGAGGUGCAACUGUUCUUCACCUUUAAACUGCAUCUCAAACCUAUUAGAAAAGAGCUAUUUAGGCAGUUCCACACUCAGGCAGGAAAUACAUCGGGCUAUACCAUCAGCAUCCCAAGUGGGAGGCAAAUGCUCUGAGCAGAAAGCAAAGGUUGGUUGUUUUCAGCAUGUGUACAUGGAAGUGUGCAGUGACCUGGCAGCAGAUCCCUGUGGAUGUAGCAGACAGACAAACUGCUUCUUACCCCUGAACUACCGAGCUCCAGCCCCUCACCCAGCGGCUGGACAUGAGCUACCACAGGAACCCACAAAAACACAUCCUGUGAUGGAGAGGUGCUACUGAUUGCAUCAGGUACUGAUGCAAGAAUGUCAGUGCUUCUUAUCCCCUUUUCCAGAGGUCAGAGUUACUUCAUUUCAGUUGCUACCUUGCAAAGCUAAAAAUCUCUCUACUGGUGUGGCAAAGCAGAGUUAGGCUGCUCAAAACCAAGUUGGAUGGAGCUUGGCACAAUCUGCUCUAGUGGAAGGUGUUGGAACUGGAUGAGCUUUAGGGUCCCUUCCCAUCCAAACCAGUCUGCGGUUCUAUGAGAUAGAGGGUGCAUUUACACCAUGUAUGGAAAGAGCCUGUCACAGUUAUGCCCUGAGGUGUCCACAUCUAGAGCUAAAAUUGCACCUUCAGGAUUUCUCAUCUUCUUACUUCUCACAUCAGCACUGACUCAAAGCCUAAACAGCAUAACUUACCAACUGCCUUUAAACUGGCUCUUGGAUGGCAAGCCUCAAUGAACUUAGCUGGGAAGGUAAUAUCUGGUUAAACAACAUCUACACAUCUUCAGUGUAUCCACAAGUAAAUUAAGGGAAACUGGGCAUUUAUCAUCUACUUAUUAAAACGUUAUUAAUCCGUUCCCUAA